AUAAAAGAGAAGAAGAGUAACUUAACCUGUAACUUUCAUAUUUGUAAGGUUCGUAUUUAUCACAUUUCAUAUUUAAAAUGAUACUUUCUAUGACUUUUUAUUUUUACUGUAUACUUACUUGUUGAUAAUAAACCAUGAAGACGUUCGAAAUCAUUGCUGGAACUUCCGAGGCAUUCUUGUUAGGAUAUGAUUUUGAUAGUGAUAACUCUAGCCUAACACAAAGUUUUGCAACUCAUGACCACAAUGGUAGUUUGAGGUCUCUGGCAGUAUCUGGGCGAUAUGUAGCUUCAGGAGGAGUAGAUGACAGAAUCAUUAUAUAUGACUUCAAACUCCGUAAAGAGUGUACCAUGCUCACGCACCACAAAUCAACAGUGAAUUGUUUAGGUUUCACUAAAAACCAUUCACAUAUUAUAUCUGCUAGUGAAGACGGUGUUUUAUCCAUUGUGAGAGUUGGAAAUUUCAAUUUGGAGAAAAUAUGGGACAAGGCACAUAAGGGGGAGAAAAUUCUUGACGUGGCUGUGCAUUCUUCGGGAAAACUGGCUUUAACGCUAGGUGCAGAUGGUACUUUAAGGACCUGGAAUUUAGUCAAAGGACGACAAGCGUAUGCUGUCAAUUUAAACAUCAAAAGUAGAGACAGAAAACUUUUGGAGAAAGUCACUUGGGCUGAAGAUGGAGUCAGGUUUGUUAUUUACGGUGGAAAGUAUACCGAAAUUUGGAGUAUAGAAGUAGGGGGUGUGUUGAAAUCAAUUGAGCAUCCUGACAAGGUAGUGAGUUGUAUCUGGUAUUCAGAUAAAGAAAUCCUAGUUGGCUAUGAUAAUGGAGAAAUAGCUUUGAUUGAGAUCGACACACUGAAGAAAGACGUUAGAAAGGCUCAUGAUACAAGGGUGAAAGCUAUCUGUCAGCAUUUGAGUUGGUUGGUGACUGCCUCUAGCUCUGGCGAAAUCAAAGUGUGGAAUAGAGAUUUUGAUGAACUAGCUAAAUGCAAUUCCAAUUGUAGAAUAAAUUGCUUACAAAUCAUUCCUCAAAUCGACAUUAAAAAAGAGGAAAAGGAAGAUGUGGAACUUGAAGAAAAAGAAGACAACUUCCAAAUGAACACAAAACGAACUGUUGUUAUAGAAGAUGGUAGUUCAGCUGAAGACAGUGAUUCAGAUGAAGAAAUAAUAGAAAACAUUGAAAAACCGAAACAAAACAAAGUUUCACUGAAAACAGAAGUUACAGAAAGGAAGGGUGAGAUACUUGUUGUUGAAAACUCCCAAUCUGAAAGGAAAAAACACAAAAAAAAGAGAAAAUCCAAUGAUGUCUCACAGUCUAAUGUGAAAAAAACAAAGAAAAAAAAAUUGCGUUGAAAUAAAUUUUUGUUUGUUAUCA